AUUGCAGUGGGCGGUCACACUAAAACAGGCCAGUCGAGAAAACUUAACUUGGAUUUUAUUUGGACUAUUUGUUUUUUAAAUUUUUGUCGAGGCGUAUAGUAUAAGAUAAGAUCGAAAUUGAAAUAUCGUGUAUUUUGAACUAAAUUAAAAGUACCGUGAAAUUAAAUUAAAAGUUUAAAAAUUGCAAUUGCACUCAAGCGAAAUAUAUACAAUGAUUCACCAUUUGACCGACCUGUUCCAAUUCCCGUUCCCGCUGUAUUGACGUAAUUGUUCAAGUAUUUUAUACACACAUAUAUACAUACAUUGUGCUCUCGCAGCUGACGUCGCCGUGAAGCUAGUGAUCAGCCGAGAGUCAGCAACAAUAAGCAGCGAUGCAGAACAAUCCCAGCCCACAGUUGCCGUGCAAGGGCAUUUUAAAGACUUCGCGCAGCUUUGACAAGUCUGGGGCCAGUUUUCGUAAAAGUGCCAAGUUUGAUGAGCUGAACGUUCUGCAGACAUUUCAUCCGGCCGACAAGGACUAUGGACAUAUGAAAAUCGAUGAGCCCAAGACGCCCUACAAUUACACGGAAGCCUACGACGAUACUCGAGACGAAUUGGAUACAGAGUUGCUAGUAGAAAAAUUACGAUUGGCCGCUAACACACAGUCUUCCCAGAGCAUUGGUGACGAAGAUUCUUCCGGCGAUGAGGAGCCCUUAAGCGAAGAGGAGCGACAACGACGUCGUGAAUUUGAGAGACGUCGCAAGGCCCAUUAUCGAGAGUUUGAGGCGGUUAAGCUGGCACGAAAGCUGAUACAGGAGGAGGAUGAUGAUGAUAAUGAUGACGACGAUGGCGCACCAGGCACCUCGGACAGUAGGCCUUCCACCUCCAGUCGAUUUGCUGCAAUUAGUAGCAGUAAACAGCCAACGCAAAAGUCAUCCAGCCCAAAAGCAACAGCAUCCCCGUCUACCAAUAUAACUAGUAAUAUGGAUUUGGAAACAUCUAACAACUAGAAGCAAUCUAUCCAGCGAUCGUAUAUCUAUAUAUAUAUGUGUAUAUAGCAAUAUGAAUAUAUAUAUACAUAUGUAUGUAUAUAUAUGCAUUUCUAUAUAUAUAUAUAUAUAUUUAUAAAUAUAUAUAAAUAUAUGUAUAUCAUUAGUAGGAACAAGA